ACAGCGCUGAAAACGUUGUGUCAAAGUUCAAAGAAAAUGUGCGUUUUUUUCUCAUAAGUAAGUUAAUUUCUGUGGCUGAAUAAAAUCAUAUCAAAUAUACUAAUUCUAUCGGCUUUCAGGCCUCAUUUUGACCAACCUAGUUGCUGUGGUGUGUAAGUUCUACGAGGUAGGAAUGUUACACAUAUCCUUUGCUCAAUCGAACUCAUAUGUGGUGAAACUAAACUGAAUUUUAGGGCCACAUUCGGUACGAUUUCAUUCAACCUUAAGCCCUCCUGCACUAGCUUUGAAUGAGACCAAGUUACAGUGCUGAGGAGUUUAGUAACUUACUUAAAAGUCAAGAAACCUUGCAUUUUAUUCAACAAAAGUGCAGUUAAGAAACAAUCAACUGUAUUUCCUGCGCCAAUUCUUUUUGGGUGAUGCCACACGGGUUCACAAAGACGCAUUUAAAGGUUUAAUACAUAUAAUUAAUAUUUAAAGAACAGAACAAUUAUUCAAAUUACGUUAAGAAGCAAGAAAACUAACACAUUACUGCAAAAAUUAUUAACAAAACGUAGUUACUUCGAUAAAAUAAAACUUAAAUGGCAAACAGGAUCUCAGAAUAUCCUAUGAAGAAGUUACUGCAAUGGCGACGACGAUUCACGAGGUGAUGUGGCUGGAUCUUACAAGAAUAUCUUCUUUUACUUGCCUUCGUGGAGUCAGAUGCUAGAAUCGGAGAGCCUCACCUUUCCACCCUGCAAGAAAACUCGGGAGGAGUAUAUUGCAUAACAUAGUUGUCACAUCUACAAAAUUACAGGGUUACGUAACAAACAUCAAUUUAAAAACAAAUAUAAAGUGCUUUAAUCGUAACCCAACAUACAAAAAAAGGGGUUUCGUCCAGAAGGCAAGCAUAAAUUACUGGCAUGUGCCCUUACAAUAAGAAAAUAAUAUAUACAUAGUCUCCACAGGAAGAAGUUUGACAACACUGUAAUUAUACGUCAUUUAAUUAUAUAGAGAUGGACAAAAUGUGCAAAAAAAUGGUUUAUUACUUUGAAUAUCAAUAUACUAAUUUAUACCAACUCAUUGCUAUAGUUAAUAUAAUAAAACUACUUCUGUACAGCAAAAUAAUCAUAUAUCAACGUAUUUUCAUAGAAACUGGGAAAUGUUAUUCAAGGGGAAUAAAUGGCAAUUUUUGACAUCAUAUCUCUGAACUUGGGCCAGUAUAAGCGUAAUAUCUCAUGUCAGAGUUGAUUAUGUCAGUGAAGGUAUUCAAUAACAAAUAACUCUCAAGUGAUAUCCAUUAUGGCAUUUUGUUAUUCACUGGUGCGUAAGUGCAUGGUGAUAUUUAGUGAACUGCUAACAGUCUGCUUAACUCCUGUGUGCCAAUGACAAAUUAAACACCAUCAAUAAAUGGAAGGGCUGACUGAAGGACUCGCUUACAGAGGUCGGAAAGUGUUGAGUGACGAAUGUCAGCAUUUGGAACAUGCAAGUGUGGAAGACACCGAAAGGAACCAGUUAAAAAGUAGAAGGCUUUAUAGCCUGAGGGCAUAAAUGUUACUUCAGAGAGACUUGAUACAUCUAGUGUUCCACGUAAUGCAUGCAGUGUGGUUUAUUUGUAAUUGGAAAGAAUACUGAAGACCAAGGGUCACCACCUCAAGGGGCUGCCCUUGUGGAACUGUUGUUGCUACAGUCUUCACCUUAGGACUUACAGGAGUCAUAAUUCCAGCCAGAGUAAUACCCUGGACAAGAAUGUGGCACCAUUUUCUCAUCAUGAAGGCAUGAAUCAGCUAACAAUGAAAAACAAAGACAUCUUGGCUUCGUCAAAGCUGCUGCUGCUUCUCUCCUCAUUAGUAGGAUCUGGGAUCUGUAGUAUCCAGUCCUACAGGUUCAAGUGGAAGUCCUACGGACGCUGUGGUCAGCCCUUCCUAGUGAGUGACACGACCUCUCGUGUCAGGUGUGCUGCUGCGUGUUCUUCAGAUGCAAAAUGCCUGGCCUUUACGCUAAGGUCGCGGACCGUGCCAACCGCAGCGUGUGAACUGACCCAGCAGCUGGACCAGGAUAGUGAUUCCGUCGGCAACUGCUUUGUAAGAGACUCGCUGAUCGAGAACCUGGCGACCAGCAGCAGCACCAACGGAGAAACAACACAGUCAUCAUCAUCAUCAACAACAGACACGUCAACAACCACAACAACAACAACAACAACAACAUCGGUGUCUGAGUCUCCAACAACAACAACAACAACGACUACAACAGCAACUGAUUCCUCCACCACCACAGCAACAGAAACAGCAGCAACAACAACUAUAGCAACAACCGAAGCCGUCGAGGUGAUCAGGACCGUCGCCCUCGACGGCGCCACGGGAAUCAGAGCCGUCGGCUUCGUCUCAGACUCCUUCACCUUCCUGGAGGUCCUCCUAUCGACGUCCCUCGGCCCAGCCGUGACCUCCACUAACUACAUCGUCAAGAGCGAGGUCCUCAAGGACGCGGACGCCGGGGAGGAGUCUUGCCCUCGGAGCAACCAGGUCUUCGUCGGGUACGGCGACGUCAACACGAACGAUGGGGAGAAGGACGACCAGAGACUCUAUUGCUCGGCGUUGCUCACGCCGUACGGACUGACGAGCAACUGCUCCAACGUCCGGCUCGGCGAAGGGGAGCAUCCGGCCUUCGAGAACGUGGACACUUCCAAGUGGAAGAACUGGCUGGUGUGUCCCGAAGGGGCCAUGAUGAUUGGGAUUAACUGGGACUACCUGACUGCUCAGACACUCACCAACUACAGUUACAAGUUGGCAACUUGCUGCAUGGCGGAGGACCGGACUUCUGCCUGACUUACUGAUAUGUCUGCUUAGGAAAAUAAACUUACUGACUUGUCUGUUAUGGAAAAACAAUUCCCUGGCAUUAAUUAUGUUAUUUUCCUACAAGCUAAUAUAAGAAUUUCUAUAUCAACCAACGAAAAAAAAAAAACUUUAUCAAUUUUCAAUCAGUGUAUGCGACUACGUCUAAUGGCCAUUAGCUCUAAGAAGCCAAUAACAACUGUUCGACGAUCAGCUUCCGUUAUUAUUUUCUUUUCUGUGGCUUGUUUCAUAAGAAGACAACUCCCCGGCAUUAUUUAAGUUGUUAUCAUUAUAAGUAUUUCAAUCGUCUCCCCAAAAAAUAAUAAUGAUAAUAAAUAAUACAGUUUUCAACCAGUGUAUGCGACUAGGUCUAAUGACCAUUGGCUCUAAGAAGCCAAUAAUAACCCUUCGACGAUCAGUUUCCGUUAUUAUUUUCUUUUCAGUUGCUUGUUUCAUAAGAAGACAUUUUGAAUUAUAUGUACAAUUACUGUUCGGUGAUUUUCUCUUGCUAUUUUCUUUUGUUUUCCCUGUUUCAUAGGAAGGUAGUUUGAUUUCUCCGCACCAAAGAUUUUUCAUAAAAUCAAU